AAGAGACAAGUGAGUACGGCUCUCCCACCUGUGAACACCUGACAGGAGAGAAGACCAUGGGGCAAUUCCUCUUUGUGACCCUGGGCUUGCUGGUCGUGGCCUUCUCCCUAACUGGAGCCCAAAAAUCCUGUCUCGAAGGAUGGUACUCAAGAAAUCAGCGUUGCAACAAGCUCUUCGAGGAACAAAAGAACUGGAAUGAUGCCAAGGCAUUCUGCCAGAAACAAAACUCAGGCUGCCACCUCGCCUCCAUACAAAGCACAACACAGAGAGAUGACAUGGCCGAUUAUGUCGCAGGGAAUCUCAAAAGUAGUCAAAGUGUCUGGAUUGGACUGCAUGAUCCCAGUAAAAAAAGUGAAUGGGAGUGGAUAAACAAAUCCAGAUUCUACUACCUAGCCUGGGCCGAUGAUAAACCCGAACCCUCGAAGAACAACAAAUUCUGUGCUAAGCUCGAGAAAGAAACAAAAUAUUUCCAAUGGAGUGAUUCGAACUGCGAGGAGCUGCAUCCAUUUCUCUGCCAAUGCUGAUAGCUCCUUUUCCUGCUCCACAGUGAUGAAACCUGGAGAAACAAGGAAGCCCCCCUGACUGCCAAAAUCUCCCCAAUGCACCCCUUCGCUUCAUGGAUGUUUUAUGUAGCUUCGAUCUGACUUUGCUCCUCCUCAGGGGCCAGGAGGUCCAAUAAAUUCUCGUCUUGAUUGACAACCUGGAA